AUGGGGUUUGCGCGGUGUGAGGGGCCUGUAUGGGGGAUUGACGACUUCAGUGUCUGUUUCCGACAAGAUUAUCUGCAGAUCCUCUUCCCUCUAAUCGCCCUAUUUCUUUCCGUCGCGCUUAUCGCCUGGACCACCAUAUCCCGCGCUUUAAGCUCCUGGUCCAAAUCUAAAGCCAGGUAUCAACAGCUUUCCAGCGAGGACCGCCGACAUAGCCAUACCGAUCUCCCUCCCGAGCAGGUUGAUGAUUCCGAUGACGAUGCACUCGAGAUUAACGGAGGCCGUUUGGCUCUUGUCAAGACCACAACUCGUGGUUCUAUUGUUCAAGCCGACACCCCACCUGGACAAGUGAUUUCGCAAAUCGUCGAAGAACUCGCUAUCGCUGGACUUGUUGCGGUCAAUGUCAUCCAGCUUUCUUCUGGAAGCAAGGGACGCCAUAGCCGCGCUGCAGCAAUUACUGGACUUGUCAUCUGGGUCUACGUUUUUAUUCUGUCGACUCUGCGACUCGUUCUCGGCGCUCUGAAAUGGCGAGGACCUCAUCUUUGGAACCACACGGCCUUCCUCUACAGCUUCAACUGGGUUAUCUCGAUCUUCCUCUUCCGCUCAGCUUUCCUCACAAAUGACAUCAGCCGAGUCGAUCAGAUUACAACAUUCGUGGAGUUUGGUCUCAUUACACUCCUUUUCGGAAUGGCAAUGACCACUAGAAAGGGCAACAAGACGGUUCGCUUGGAAUGGGAGGACGGCAUUGAGCCUUCUCGCGAGCCCUUGGCCAGUCUGUUCUCUCUUGCUGUGUUCGGCUGGGUCGAUGCGAUCGUCUGGAAGGGCUGGAAGGCCCCAAUGGAGAUGGAGCAUGUCUGGAAUCUCCUGCCCAAGGACAAGGCCGCUGCUGUUAUUGCUGAUUACCGUCAGAUGAAGCGAACAGGAUCUCUUGCCAUGCAUCUACUCAAGUAUUUCCGAAGAGAUUUGCUCAUUCAGUGCGCCCUCGCUGUCCUUGCCGGACUCUUCACUUUUGCGCCAACCCUUCUCCUCAAGGUGAUUCUUGAAUUUGUCGAAAACUACGGAACCGUGUCAGAGAACGACCGACCGAUUAACGUUCUUUGGCUCUACGUUAUUGGCCUCCCCGUAGUCGACCUUAUACGUUCAUACGCCGAUAACCAAGCUCUCUGGAUUGGUCGAAAGAUCUGCAUUCGAGUUCGAGCCCUUAUCAUUGGCGAUAUUUAUGCCAAGGCCCUUCGUCGCAAGGCCUCUGCAGGCAAGGACAAAGUGCUGCUUGACGAGGACAAGCCUAAGGCCACCAAGGGCGACGAUGCUCAGGAUGGUCUCAUUGGCAAGCUUAAGCGAGCCCUCAACAUGAAGAAGGACGACAAGAAGGCCACCCCCAACGAUGCCGAAUCUGCCAACGACCCCAUUAAGGAUGACAAGAAGGACGAUUCCAACGAUGAGCAGGCCAACCUGGGAACUAUCAUCAACCUCAUGUCUAUUGACAGCUUCAAGAUCUCCGAGGUCACUGCCUACCUUCACUUCCUGUGUGCUUCUGCGCCCACCCAGCUGGUUGUCGCCAUCGUUCUGCUCUGGCAGGUCAUGGGUCUUAGUGCCAUCCCUGGUAUUGUCGUCAUGAUCUUCCUUCUGCCCGUCAACUACGGCCUUGCUCGUGGUUUCACCAUCACCUCCAAGCGAAUUCUUGCAGCCACCGAUAAGCGUACUAAUGUUACCAACGAGGUUCUGCAAAACAUUCGCAUCAUCAAGUACUUCGCCUGGGAGCAGCGCUUUGGCCGUAUCAUCGACGAGAAGCGUCAAGCUGAGCUCAAGGCAUUGCGCUCGCGAUUCAUGGUCUGGGCAUUGGCUGUUGCUAUCUGGAACUCCGUGCCUGUCCUUAUCACUUUCUUCUCAUUCCUGGUUUACACUUUCGUCGAGCAAAAGCCUCUGAAGCCAUCCAUUGCCUUCACAGCCAUUUCUCUCUUCAUGCUCCUCCGUGUUCCUCUUGAUCAAUUUGGUGACAUGUUCGCCCACGUUCAGGAAACCAAGGUUUCCAUCGAUCGUGUUGAGGAGUUCCUCAUGGAGGAAGAGACUGAUAAGUACGUCCAGCUUGGCUUGGAUAACGUUGAUGAAGAUGGCGUCAGACGAAUUGGUUUCAAGAACGCUACCCUCACCUGGGGCAGCAAAGAGACUGUUUCCGAGGACAGCACUCGUGCCUUCCGACUCAUGGACCUAGACAUUGACUUCAAGAUUGGCAAGCUCAACAUUAUCGCUGGUCCUACAGGCUCUGGAAAGACGUCAAUGCUGAUGGGUCUCCUCGGAGAAAUGACUUUGAUCGAUGGAGGUGUCUACUGUCCUGGUGGCCGCAGCCGAGAAGAGGUUCACCCUGAUCCUGAGACUGGUCUCGCUAACACAAUCGCAUACGUCGCACAGUCUGCUUGGUUGGUCAACGCUAAUGUCCGCGAAAACAUUCUCUUCUCUAUGCCAUUCGACGAACAACGAUACCGCGACGUCAUUGUAGCUUGCGCCUUGGAACGCGAUCUCCAGAUUCUCGAUAACGGUGACGAAACUCUGGUCGGUGAAAAGGGUAUCACACUCUCUGGUGGACAGAAGCAACGUAUCUCUCUCGCUCGCGCGCUCUACUCCAACUCGGCCCAUCUCCUGCUUGACGACUGUCUGAGUGCCGUCGACUCUCACACUGCUCAAUGGAUCUUCAGCAACUGUAUCCGCGGACCUCUCAUGAAAAACCGUACUUGUGUCCUCGUCACCCACAACACAACUCUUUGCGUUCCUUCCUCCGACUACGUUGUGCUCUUGGAGAACGGUCGAGUCGAAAUCCAGGGACCUUCCGCUGAGGUUAUCGCUUCCGGCAAGCUUGGUGAGGAGAUCCAAAAGUCUCAUCCCGGCUCAGCAAACCCCUCAAGAAUUCCUUCUCGUGUUCCCUCCAGCGUCGGCGAUGAUGAAACUACGGUAAACGGCCAGGGUGAUGCACUCGAUGGUGUGGACAGCUCUAAGAAGGACACCCAAAGCAAACCCAAGAAGGAUGCCAUGGAAGAGACCAAAGCCACUGGUUCAGUCAAAUGGCCCGUUCUUAAGCUUUAUCUCGGUGCUAUGGGACCAUGGUGGUUCUGGGUUGUUGCUUUGUUUGUGUUUGUUGCUCAGCAAGUCUCUGGAUUGGCUACCAACCUCUGGGUCAGAGAAUGGGCGAACCAAUAUGUUGAGCAGGGUACCCCUAUGGCUAUGGAAGUCAAGUCAAACGCUUACUCCACCUCACAAUUCUCAAAGGCCACCUUUGCUAAUGCGGUUCGAAUGGGUUCCGCAGACCACAGCACUGAACCCCUCAACGGACAGAUCACCUUGCAAGCCGGACACGAGAACGUUAAUGCCAUGUACUACCUGACUGUUCUUGCUGUCAUCGGUAUUGCCGGUGCUCUUGCGGCUUUGUUCAGAGAUCUCUGGGUAUUCUUGGGCUCGCUGACUGCCUCCAAGAGCAUUCACGACCGACUGAUCGCAUCUGUGACCCGAGCCAAGUUCAAGUUCUUUGAUGUCACCCCUCUUGGUCAAUUGAUGAACCGUUUCAGCAAGGAUCUGGAGGCUGUUGACCAAGAGAUUGCACCUGUCGCCAUUGGUGUCAUCAGCUGUGGCAUUUCUCUUCUGAUGACUGUUGGUCUUAUUACAUAUAUCACACCCAACUUUCUCUUCGCCGCCGCCGGCAUUUCUGUGCUGUUCUACCUCAUCGCUGUCUUCUACCUCCGUGCCUCGCGCGAUCUCAAGCGACUCGAAGCCGUCCAGCGCAGUCCUUUGUUCCAGCAAUUCGGCGAAACACUCAGCGGUAUGACCACCAUCCGAGCUUAUGGUGAUGAGCGACGAUUCAUCCGGGACAACCUUGAGAAGGUCAACGUCCAAAGUCGACCCUUUAUCUACCUGUGGGCCUGCAAUAGAUGGCUGGCCUUCCGUGCUGAUCUUGUGGGAGACUUGGUGGCCUUCUUUGCUGGUAUGUUCCUCAUUCUCAACCUCGGUAAGACCGAUGCUGGCGCUGCUGGUAUUUCCCUGAGCUAUGCUUUGAGUUUCACCGAGAGUGUCUUGUGGCUUGUGCGACUUUAUGCCAUCAACGAACAAAACAUGAACUCUAUGGAGCGUAUCAAGGAGUAUCUCGAUGUCGAGCAAGAGUCCGAUGCUAUAAUUGAGGACAGCCGACCUCCCGUUGACUGGCCCCAGAAGGGAUCCGUCGAGUUCGUUGACUACACUACCAGCUACCGCAAGGAACUUAACCCUGUCCUGCAAAACAUUUCCCUCAAGAUCGAGCCUCAAGAAAAGGUCGGUAUUGUUGGAAGAACCGGUGCAGGCAAGAGUUCACUGGCUCUCGCUAUCUUCCGAGCGCUAGAGGCAGACGAGGGCAAGAUUCUCAUCGAUGGACUGGAUAUCAGCAGCAUUGGUCUUCAGGAUCUGCGAGAGAACAUCACCAUCGUGCCUCAAGAUCCUACACUAUUCCACGGAACAAUUCGAAGCAACUUGGAUCCUUUUGACCAAUACACCGACGACCAAAUCUUUGCGGCUCUUCGAAGGGUUCAACUUAUUGGACCCGAUGAGCCCUCAACGUCGCCUCCUACACCCACAGUUCCCGAUUCAACAACUACCAAGACCAACCAGAACAUCUUCUUGAACCUUCAAUCUACCGUCGCGGCUUCUGGCACUAACCUGUCACAAGGACAGCGUCAGCUCCUGUGUCUUGCUCGAGCUAUGCUCAAGGCUCCUACAGUGUUGGUCAUGGAUGAAGCAACCGCCUCCAUCGACUACGCUACCGACUCCAAGAUCCAAGAGACAAUCCGAGAGCUUACUGGUACAGUGAUUACCAUUGCUCACCGAUUGGCUACCAUUGUGGAUUACGACAAGGUGCUCGUUCUUGACAAGGGUCAGGUGGUGGAGUAUGCUCAUCCAUGGGAGCUCAUCAACAACAAAGAGGGUACAUUCCGCAGCAUGUGUGACAUGAGCGGCGAGCUUGAUGUACUUCUCAAGGCGGCCAAGAAGAAGUGGGACUCUGGACGCCUAGUUGACGAUUCAUAG